UCCCUGUCGCUCCGCCCGCUCCAAGGUGCCUGUGCGGCUCGAGGCGGGCGCGGCCGCUCCUAGGCUGCAAGGCAGCAUGAUGGUAGGCAAGACCAGCGCCAUCGCCGCGGGGCUCUGCGGGGCGCUCUUCAUCGGCUACUGCAUCUACUUCGAUCGCAAGCGGCGGAGCGACCCCGACUUCAAGAACCGGCUGCGGGAGCGAAGGAAGAAACAGAAGCUUGCCAAAGAGAGAGCAGGGCUUUCCAAGCUCCCUGAUCUAAAAGAUGCUGAAGCUGUGCAAAAAUUCUUUCUUGAAGAAAUCCAGCUUGGUGAGGAAUUACUAGCACAAGGUGAAUACGAGAAGGGUGUCGACCACUUGACAAAUGCCAUUGCUGUGUGUGGACAACCACAGCAGUUAUUACAAGUUUUACAGCAGACUCUUCCUCCACCAGUGUUCCAGAUGCUUCUUACUAAGCUCCCAACAAUUAGCCAGAGAAUUGUAAGUGCACAGAGCUUAGCUGAAGAUGAUGUUGAAUGAGAUCAUGCCACACCAGAGGAAAAUUAGUGAUUUCAUACCCCAGAAGAUGAGCAUCAGUGGGGGGAUAAAGAGGGCAAACAUCGUAGUUAAUGGACUAUGUACUACAUUGAAUCUACCAGAGUUAAUCUUUAACUUUGGAUAGGUGGGUCUGGCUGGAUUUUAUUUAUUUAUCCCAGUGAAAAGUGUAUUUUGAUAAAAAAAAAAAAAAAAAAAGAAGAAAAUUCAUUUUAUAAAUACACUGUGUUGAGUUAUCAAAGUGUCACUAACUUCAUUACUAUUAAAAUAUGCAGAUGUAAUGUUGUACAUAGAAAGGUAUAAAACUACUACGUAUUAAAUACCCAAUGCUCAUUUUUGAAAAACAAAGUGAAGGCAAUAAAGAUUUAUCUGCACCUGUA